AUGACGAAUUAUAUGGUGAAGUACUACGGCCACCAUGGAUGCAACCAGUUCAUUCGUGGUAAGCCAGUUAGAUUCAGCUAUAAAAUAUGGAGCCUAAAUACUAAAGAUGGAUAUUUGGUGAAUUAUGAACCGUAUCAGGGAAAAGUUCGUAAGGGAAAAGCAAUCUAUGAGCAGCUGUUUGGCAAGUCGGCAAGUCCCUUACUUGUUUUAUUGGAUGAAAUUCCUGAAGUGAACAGAAAAAUUUGCUACAACUUCUACAUGAACAAUCUAUUUACAGGGGUAUCUCUAUUUUCAUUUCUCAAGUACUGUGGAUACCAUGCCAUUGGUACCAUAAGAGAAAACAGACUUCCUAAGGAAUGUAUACUGGAAAACAAAAAAUUAUUUUCCAAGAAAGAUUGGGGAUAUUUUGAGACAGCAAUAGAGAAGAGUGAUGGAUUAUUGUAUGUGCAGUGGCUGGACAACUCAGUUGUCACAAUGAUCUCUUCUUCAUGUGGUGCACAAGAAGUUGGCCAAGUCAAGAUAUUCUCACAACUAAAAAAGCGAAAUAUAAUGAUUCCCAGACCAAAACUGGUAGCCAAAUCUAGUACGUAUAUGGGAGGUACUGAUCAGAUGGAUCAGAAUCUAGCAUGCUAUCACAUUGCAAUAAGAAGCAAGAAAUGGUACUGGUGUCUCUUUACAUGGAUGUUAGAUGUCGCCAUACAAAACAGCUGGAUUUUGUAUAAUCAAGCAAGAAACCAAACCAUUUCUCAGCUUGAUUUCAAGACAGACAUAGCAACAGUGUACUUGCAAAGACACCAAGCUUUACCAAAAGGAGCCGGGAGUCCAUCUGCAUCAAGGGCAUGUUCCAACAGCUGCAUAUCAGGUUCAAUUAGACUUGAUAAGACUGACCACCUCGUCCAGCACACAGAAGGAAAGAAGAAGGAAAGGUGUGCACACAAGGACUGUAAACCUAUUGUGAGAACAAUGUGUUCAAAGUGUAAUGUGGGAUUGUGUAUUGACUGUUUUAUUCCAUUUCAUGUAAAAUAA